GGCAUAAUUGAUCGCUGGAAUAUCAUCUGAGCUCCAGUCUCUAGAAGAGCUUGGUAACCCUGCAGUUAGUACUCAGUACUCAGUAGCAACACAAACCAUCACGGAGCUCUGAGUUGUUUAUUUAUGUUAAUUCGUUAAGUGUCAAACAAUUUUUUCUAAGAAGAACAGAAGAACCUGAAGUGAGUUAAGAAUGAGUUCUCAGAAAUCUCAGGAACUGUGCUCCGCCUUACCUCCAGGAUGGAUCCGGGAAACCUCCCGGAGAACGAACGGAGUCUCAUCUGGUAGACUAGAUGUAUUCUACAUCAGCCCGGCAGGAAAGAAGAUUAGAAAUAAAAAUGAUCUCAUUAAAGAGAUCGGAGAAACCUUCGAUCUUUCCGGGUUCGAUUACAGCGCGGGCAAGAUGGGAUCCUCUCUCAUAAAGUCAGGACGGAGCAGAAAACCUUUGAAAAAACCUGUAACUGACGCAACCCUGACCACGAACCUAAAUAGUCUGAUAUCCCCAAUCCGUCAAACUGCGUCAAUUUUCAAGCAACCCGUGACAGUGUUUAAGACGCAUGAAACCCAGGUUAAGAAUAUAAAAUCAGAGAAAGAGAAACCUCGCCAACUCUUCUGGGAGAUGAGACUGAGUAAUAUAACCUCUAGCAACGUGGACGACGAGUUGUUUGAGAUGAGUCUGCCAAGGAGGAUUAAAGAAUUAGAGUGUUUACAGGGUCAGACUAGUAAUAGCACUCUUCUAGCUUCCAUUAGUACUGCACUGCAUCUAGACAAGAAACCAGUUUUAGGACAGAAAAAUAUUCCUGAAGAGAAGAACCCUGUUUUAUUCCUGAACCCUGAGCAACCAUUCGUGGCCGACCUGGAGGUAUCCGAUCUCGAGAUCAAAGAACAGGAGGAGAAGGUCAAGGAAGCAAGGAAUAAGCUCGCCCUAGCAGUAAAAGCACUCGGAUAAACUGAGUAACCUCGCUGGGUCACCAUUAACUAAGCUUUCGGUGUGUUCUGAAGUAAUUUGCAGUACACUGACCAAAAAUAUUUAGUAGCUUUUAGUGGAGAGUGGGGUAUACACAAAACGGAUAUUUUUCAAUCAACUUUAAGAGAUCUUGUGGUAGGAACUUUUAAAUGUACUGGAUGAGUAGAGGAUUAAUCAAUCUCUCAUUGGUUAAAACCGAUCUUUGAUUGGACAAACAUACUGGUGUAUUUUUGUAAUCAGUUAAUCCGCUGCGAGGAUAGAUCGUGUUUAACUUAAUUCAUUCAUUUAUAAGUUCCAAGCUCUGUUAUCUUAGUUGUAGUUUUAUGCAUAUUGUACAGGGAAUCUUUACAAACAUGGGAACUUGUUGAUGAAAUUUAAUGAAUCUUAAAAUGCUGAUGAAAUGUUCUUAAUUGUACAAAAUUAAUCGCGCUUUUUUUGUCGUUCUCCUUUAUAUGUUAAAAGAUUAUGGAGAUAUCAUAAGUCUAGGAUUAUCAGUUACAUUUCAAAAGAAUGAAAUUAGGAUUCAUAUAAUUAUAUUAUGUUAAAUAGGAAAUACUGCGGUGUUCAAAACGAUAAAUUAAAUUUCUUCACAUAAUUUUCAUGUUCCUAAGGACUUUAAUAAAGAUAAGGAACCCCCAUAAUCUACGUGUACAAAAAGUUAUGUCAAUAUUAAAUGGGGUUUCUUUUGUUGAUUCCUUUUUAAGGACUCUCUUCUUAAACAUUUUUAAAUCCCAGACAUUGUGAAUAUUUGCGUCUUUCUUGUGUUUUUCAGUUAAUAAAUAUUUUAUACUACUAGAAAUA